CAGAGAGACGCAAAUGUUAAAGAGCAAAAGAACAUAGUUAACAGAAAAGCAGAAGUGAACUGAGACAGAAAAGACGAGAGGGUCAAUGAAGCUGGAGUAAACAAGACAGACAGAGAGAAAGAGAGAGAGAGAGCAAGAGAGAGAGAGAGAGAGAGAGAGAGAGAGAAAGAGAGAGAGAGAAAGAGAGACAGAGAAACAGAGAGAGAGAGAGAGAGAGAGAGAGAGUAGGCUCAGCUGUAGUGACUGUUAAGAAUGUCCCCUGAAGAGAAGUCAUCUAAGCGGUCGGAGGGCCUGAGGCAGCGCCUGCUCCACAAACUGCUCUACUGCACCGGAGACAUGCAGCACCUCCACACACUCAUGCAGGACCAGCCAUUGUCUGUGCAGCUGUUGGAGUGGAGUUUGCGGGGUGUGUCUAGUGUGAUUAUGGUGGAUAAUCCUGUGAGUGGAGCUCUGAUUCUGAUAGCUCUGACUCUCUCCAGCCCCUGGCAGGCUGUGCUGGGCAGCGUAGGACUAUUCGCAUCCACAGUCACGGCCAUCAUCAUUGGCUAUGAGCGAGUGGAGAUGUCGAGGGGUCAGUAUGGUUAUAAUGGCAUGCUGGUGGCAUUGCUGAUAGGUGUGUUUAGCGCUGCAGGAGAUUGGUAUUGGUGGCUAUUACUUCCUGCAUGUCUCGCUGGAGCUACAACAACAUUUGUCUCCAGUGGUCUGGCCCCUGUUCUGGACCGAUGGGAUCUGCCUGUGAGUGUGUUUCCUUUCAACACAGUUCUGCUGCUCUAUCUGUCCUGCACAGGCACCAGUAACCCCUACUACCCCAACUACCCUGCCCAGCCACUGGGGGCACCACUGAUCAACAACAACACACAGCUACACAUGCCGAAGCUUCUGAAGGGUGUUGUGCUGGGAGUAGGGCAGAUUUAUGCCUGUGAUGUUCUGGGGCCCACAGUGCUUAUCCUUGGAGCCGUGCUGCUUUUCUCCCCCAUCAUGGCCCUCCACGCCUUGCUGGGCUCUGGAAUCGGCACACUUGCAGGUCUUUCUGUUUCUGUACGACAGGAUGCACUGUAUUCAGGAUUAACAGGCUUUAAUGGAGCUCUGGGUUGUAUGGCUGUAGGAGGACUACUGUUCACCUUGAACUGGAGAACUCAUGUCUUUGCUAUUAUUUGUGCUUUUCUCUCUUCAUAUGCAGACAUCGCCUUCAGCAAUGUGCUGGCAAAUAUGGGUCUCCCCUCCAGUAGCUGGGCAGCCACUUUGACUGUUAUUCUGAUGCUCUUAGUGACCGGACGAGCCCUCUCUUCAUACCGCAUCCAGUCUAGGCAAAACUCACCUGAACAGUACCUGCAAACUCCCAGCCAAUGGACUGAGAACAACAUAAGCAGCAACCUUGUUUGAUCACACACACACACACACACACACACACACACACACACACACACACACACACACACACACACCAUAUUCAUCAAAAGUUUCCACUCUGUGUAACUGCUCUGUUUAAGCAAAAACUGAUUGUGUCAUCACUCUGAAAAGUCUGAUAAAUGCAUCCCACGGGGUGUAAAAUUUGUUCUGCAAUAAAAACAACUCCUUAAAAUAGAAA